AUGGAGCUCAGUAUUGAUGCUGAUGGUAGCAUGGAACUCAGUAGUGAUUUUGAAUGUGAUGGUAGCAUGGAGCUCAGUAGUGAUGGUGAUGAUGAUGGUAGUAUGGAGCUCAGUAGUGAUGGUGAUGGUGAUGGUAGCAUGGAACUCAGUACUGAUGGUGAUGGUGAUGGUGAUGGUGAUGCUGAUGGUAGCAUAGAGCUCAGUAGUGAUUGUAAUGGUAGAAUAGAGCUCAGUAGUGAUGGUGAUGCUGAUGGUAGCAUGGAAGUCAGUAGUGAUGGUGAUGGUGAUGGUAGCAUGGAACUCAGUAGUGAUUUUGAAGGUGAUGGUAGCAUAGAGCUCAGUAGUGAUGGUGAUGGUAGCAUGGAGCUCAGUAGUGAUGGUGCUGGUAGCAUGGAGCUCAGUAGUGAUUUUGAAGGUGAUGGUAGCAUAGAGCUCAAUUGUGAUGGUGAUGGUAGCAUGGAGGUCAGUAGUGAUUGUGCUGGUAACAUGGAUCUCAGUAGUGAUGGUGAUGAUGAUGGUAGCAUGGAGCUCAGUAGUGAUGGUGAUGGUGAUAGUAGCAUGGAGCUCAGUAGUGAUGGUGAUGCUGAUGGUAGCAUGGAAGUCAGUAGUGAUUGUGAUGGCAGCAUGGAGCUCAGUAGUAAUGGUGAUGCUGAUGGUAGCAUAGAGCUCAGUAGUGAUUGUGAUGGUGAUAGUAGCAUGGAACUCAGUAGUGAUUGUGAUGGUAGCAUGGAACUCUGUAGUGAUUGUGAUGGUAGCAUGGAGCCCAGUAGUGAUGCUGAUGGUAGCAUGGAACUCUGUAGUGAUGGUGAUGGUAGCAUGGAGCCCAGUAGUGAUGCUGAUGGUAGCAUGGAACUCUGUAGUGAUUGUAAUGGUGAUGGUAGCGUGGAACUCAGUAGUGAUUGUGAUAGUGAUGGUAGCAUGAAGCUCACUAGUGAUGGUUAUGAUGAUGGUAGCGUAGAGCUCAGUAGUGAUGGUGAUGCUGAUGGUAGCAUGGAAGUCAGUAGUGAUGGUGAUGGUGAUGGUAGCAUGGAACUCAGUAGUGAUUUUGAAGGUGAUGGUAGCAUAGAGCUUAGUAGUGAUGGUGAUGUUAGCAUGGAGCUCAGUAGUGAUGGUUUAUGGUAG